AUGGACACCGCAGCGCGAAAUUUGCGCGGCAUCGUUGAGGAUGUUCAGUCACCAAGUGCCGGCUUGCUGGAUUUCCCCUCACCUGCAAGCGACCUAGACGUCUACACUCCCGAUGUUGGCUCGUUAUCUUUGGCAGCAAACGUGACCUCUAACCCAUGGCCGGGUGCCGAUGCGUGCUUGUCUUCUGCAACAUCUGCAAUCCCUGAUACAGCAAAGCUGCCUUCAGUCUCUUCGCCAGCUCACGAGUUUGAACAGCCUGGUCUUGGCUUCGACACUCUUGUCGGCGCUCGAGUAGCACCUGCCCCUACUAGUCCUCCGCCAGUUACUUCUUUCAAGGACAGUAGAGACCUUCGUUUACCAUCAUUCUCGCAGCUUGGAAUAGCUGCCCCGCACUCCGAACCAGUUCGUCCAUUACUCGUCCGUAAUCCUCAUCCUUGUCUUGGCGGCGACGACUCAUCAGCUCUACCCCGAGUUGGAUCAGUCGGCCUUGGGGGAAACACCAAACUACCUGCCGAUCCUUGCAUCGACGAUGAUUUGCUCGGACACGUAGACGCGUCUCACUCCAACAUUUCACCUACGAUUCGACCUAGAGCACCUCUUCACAGCCCGAUGCAUCACUAUGUAACGACGCUCACACCACCUGACGACUCUGGCAGAAUAACGUGGGAAGCAAUUACGCAGUUCGCAACAGGACCCAUGAAUUCUCCAAUGGCUGCAAGCGGUGGUCUAGCUUCUGAUGCUCAGGCUUCUGCAGCCGCAUCGGACCCGGAUGGAUCAGCAAUCCCGAGCAUUAACGUGCAAGUUUCUACUCCUAUGGAGGAACAAUCGCGUCCAUGGUUGAAGGACGCCAUAACAAUCAUGCUCGAGAAUAUUCGCUCAGCGUCCAACGCCUAUCAAGACCCAAUCAAGGUCCUUUCGCACGCACUGCCAUGCCCAUCAACCGAGGGCCACGCCUUUCCUACCAUCAUCAGUUCUCUACACGACGAGACUCCUACAUCACCUACCUGCUGGAUCAAUGUGUUCCACGCGCUUCCCGGCAGAUUCAACCUGGCAGAUCUUCCCACAUCACCUCCUAGCACUCCAGGACCUCCUAUUGGUGGAGAUGACUACUUUACCAGCAAGGUCUUCGAUUCAGCCGUACACAUACUUGAUUAUGCCGACAACCUGAAAUCGCUCCCACAAUCUCCUCGACCUGUAGUGCCGCCUUCUUCGGUAGACGUCUCCAUAGUUGAACGCUACAUCCCGCCUACCAACAAGAACGAAUUUUCCGACAUGUUCACCACCAAAGGCCCUUCGUUAUUGGUCGACAGACUGGUCGAGCUAUCCCCAGAUAAUGGCACGCUCAUCUUCAUAUACCCUACCAAGCGCGGAGCGCAGACAUUUGUCAACGAAUACCUUGCUCCCAUUCUCGACCCGAUACUCCGAUCAAUGGUCGUCGUCAACGGGUUCUCGUCAGACAUGGGCCAACAACUGGGCAAAAUGGUUGCUGUGGACGAAUUGCCUGACCAUGAUAUGAUGAAGAGGAAGAUUAUGUCACUCUGCUCUUCACUGAGCCAGUCAAGUCCUGGAAUGGAACGCUUCCAGAGAUUACCCACGAAUUUCGAGCUACUGCACUCGACCACGGAGGAGGUCACACUGGACCGCAAAGUUUGGUCGCAGGAUUGGUGGGCCAAGCAGGAGAAGCCACGCAUCAGAGAAACCAUUUCGCGAUUCUUCCGCAAAGCCAACAGAGCACAGGAAGACCAGACACCUGUCAGUCUAGUGCAUGAAGUCUUGGACGGCGUCGCCCAGAAGGCAUACCCAGAAGGAAGGGAAGAUCAAUCUGGCAUUGAAGUUAGUGUGUUUGUCAUUUCGAGAUCGAGGUGCGCAAAGAAGUGA